UUCGCCAAAGACCACGCCGGUUGACAGCAAAAGGUAGAGAAAAAAUACAGAAAGCUUUAGUUCUGCUAGUGCAAAUUCGAGUGAUUUUCAGUUUUAUCAGAAAAGUUCUCAAAGUUCAAUCAAAAUGGAUAUUAGACCAAAUCAUACGAUUUACAUUAACAAUCUGAACGAGAAGAUAAAAAAGGAGGAGUUGAAAAAGUCGCUCUACGCCAUCUUUUCCCAGUUUGGACAAAUAAUGGACAUCGUAGCUCUGAAGACGCUUAAAAUGCGUGGUCAAGCCUUCAUCGUAUUCAAAGAAAUCGGAAGCGCAAGUAAUGCUAUGCGGACGAUGCAAGGUUUCCCGUUUUACGACAAGCCAAUGCGUAUUAACUACGCCAAGACGGAUAGCGAUCUGAUAGCCAAGCUGAAGGGUACUUUCAAGGAAAGGCCGAAGAAAGCAAAGGCUCCAAAACCAGUUCAGCAGGAGGAGAAAAAAUCAAAAAAGCAGAAGAAUGCCGAAUCCGGCGCAGCUGCAAGCAAUUCGGCUACCGCCGAGCAGCCACCGAAUCAAAUUUUGUUCUUGACCAAUCUUCCGGAGGAAACAAACGAGAUGAUGCUGUCCAUGUUGUUCAAUCAGUUCCCAGGUUUCAAGGAAGUGCGGCUGGUACCAAAUCGGCACGACAUUGCCUUUGUAGAGUUCGCAACCGAGCUGCAAAGCGGUGCUGCCCGAGAGGCCCUGCAGGGUUUCAAAAUAACACCAACGCACGCGAUGAAGAUUUCCUUUGCCAAGAAAUAGGCUGCGGAAUUGUAUGCGCGGUAGGUUUAAGUCUUUAUUUCACAGAUUACGAAUCAACGUUUUUGGUAUGAAUGUGAAUUUAAAUAAACCAUGCAAAAAGCAUUGCACUCCGCUUUCAUGGUUUUGCUACUACUUCUGCGGCUGUGCGAUGUCUUGUUUGUUUGAGAACA